AAUGCCGAACACGAAAAGGAGCCAGUUGUUACUCGGCGCUCUUCAGCUCCUCGACGCUCUUGAUUUUUUGCGCUCUGUGAUAGCGAUACCAACGCUGCUUUUGAUCGACUGAAUAAUAUUCGUCAGUCGAUUUUUUUGAGUUUCGUUACAAGUUGAACGUGUACAAAAAAUAUUCCGAUUCGACAAGCAUUGAAGAGUAAAGCUUUGUCUCGCACCUUCGAACUUGUCGUUUCAACUUUUUGCAAACUUAUUCCGCUACACUCAACGAAGCAAGAAAUGUCGGGAAAAAUGUGCACGUCGAUCGGAAUCUUUGGGAUAUUUCUGAUACUGGGGCAGAACCAGGCUUUCGCUCAAGGGGUCGGCGAGACCUGCAACGAUGCCCUGGGCCUGCCCGGUCACUGCGUCCAUUUCAAAAAGUGCCAACAAUACAUGGAUCUUCUACUUGGACCAGAGGAUUUUGGAAAAAUUUCAAAAUACACGAUCAAUUCCGUGUGUUCCUUUGCCGAUCGAGAGACGACGGUGUGCUGUCCCGACUACGAAACAAGUAUCAACCUCGAUUACAACACGUCCGAAGACGAUAUCUGCAAUGAUGCCCUGGGUCAGCGCGGUCUCUGCCUCCCCAUCAAACUUUGCAAACCCCUCGUAAAUCUUAUCCUGCGAACGAACGCCAGCGAGAUCGUUACUAAGUACACGCAAGACUCUGUGUGUGUCUUUGACGAAGAUGCCACGACGGUUUGCUGCCCUAGUAACGGAAGGAUCGAGUUUGGGAAAAACGACAACAAUCCUUAGAUGAAGAAUUUCCACCAACGUGCCUGUUUUCCAGGCACCAUUUUCCAGUGACCAAAAAUAUUCAAAAUAUUUAUGAGAAUAUAUGCGAAUAAUUGCCAUGUACGAAAUGAAUCCUUUCAAACAAAUGAAAAAUCAAAAAUGGUAUUUAUUUGAAUGAAAGAUCUGCGACUAAUCCCGCAUCUGCCAAUUAUGGACCGCUUCUUCCACUCAACUACAGAAAUGUCAUUUUCAUAUGCAAAACUUGUUUAUUUCUGUCAAGCAAGUUUAAAUCCGUUGAAAGUGAUACCAUACCGAUUACAGUGAAAAGUUUCCGUGCUACUGCUACAGCACUACGAAUUUCUAUUCCGAAGUGUUAAGCACAGAUGUCACGGUCGUUUUCGUCGAUAAAAAAAGAUUCGACGACGACAAAGGUUCUCAACUUUGUUGACAACAUAGUCUCGUGUUUAAAGGCACAUUUACAAAUCUCAGAAUAUUUCUACAAUUACCAAAUACUGCCCCGUGAAAGCUCCACACAAAACGUAAAAGCUCGUUUUGAAAAAUGAAUUUAAUUUUGAUAAUACAACUACGACGUAUCAACUCUACCGGAAGCACAUUCGUACCAGAACAUUGCUAUUCAUAAAUGUAUAAAUCGCAACGACUGUAUCAUGAAAAUAAAUAAUUUUAAAAAUGUCUA